CAUCACCAACAAAUUUCAAGCCUUUAGCUAUCACUAUUCACUACUAAAUCUUUAACUCAACCAACUCCAAUUCUUGUAACCAGCCAUGGAUGCAGUGACAGUAAUGGUUGCAGAGAGGCCACUAGUGAUCUUCAGCAGAAGCACUUGUGACAUGAGCCAUUCCAUCAAAACACUAAUACAUGGAUUUGGUGCAAACCCUACAAUUUACGAGCUUGAUCAACUUCCAAAUGGGCAGCAAAUUGAAAGAGCAUUACAGCAGCUAGGGUUUCAAAACUUACCGGUUGUAUUCAUCGGAGGAGAGUGCGUUGGCGGUGACCGACAAGUGAUGAGCCUCCUUCUCAAGAAUCAGCUAGGACCAAUGCUCAAGAAAGCUGGAGCCAUUUGGGUAUGGAAUGACUAGCCUAAUUUUUGGCAUCAGACUCUACUACUUACGUACAAUUAGUUAAAACUGAGGUUAUACUAAUUAUACUAUCGAAUAAGGGAAAUUUUUUACAUCCCAUUUCCUAUAUAUAUAUAUAUAUAUGUAUUAGAUACGCUAUAGAGAGACUCAAUUUAAUUAUAACUUGCUACUUGUUAAGUUGUUUUAGCUUAUAGUUAUCUAAGUCAAGAAUAAAGCCAACUAUUUUUAUACAUUGGCUAAUUAUUCUUGCCUUUUAACCAUUUUAUAUUGUGUUGAAUAUGCAUAAUAAAUAAAAGUAGAGUUGCUUUUACUUAUCA